AUGUCUACCCAGAGUAGCACUUCACGCCAACCACGUCAGUCUCGUUUCUCGUUAUCAGCUUUGAAGUGGCUUCCUGGUGCGGCUAACACAAUAAAACAGCAGUCAAUUCCAGAAUCACAGCCACCUAUUCAACUAGCAUCUCAAACACAUUUACCAUUAUCCCCCGAUCAGAGUUACUAUCAGCAGGCUGAACCUUCAACAUCAUACACCCAAUUUCAACAACCAGCACCCCAGCAAUUAUCAGCUACUCAUACUAAAGAUGCCGUCACUGAAGUUACUUUAACGAAUUGGUACAUAAUGCGUCAUAUAUCUGAUCAAGGCAGAGUAGGUGUUGCAGUAGGUGGUUACGAAUUAGAUUUCUCGAAUAGUCGUAAAUCAGCACGUUCUAAAUUCUUCUCAAUUGAUAUACAUAAACGUACAACAGAGACAGAAUUGAUCGGUAGUCGGAACAUACGCGUCAAUUUGAUAGGUAUGCUAUCCUCGACAGGUUGUCAAGGUUUUCCAGAGAGCGUUGAUGAAUUAUUCGCUAGUGGCUUUCCAGAAAAUUGGAAAACUAUACUAGCAAGAGCAGAAGAUGAGUUCUACAUAGGUAAACUCAAGGAACGCCAUCGUACGAUACAUAGUAUGAGCAAAGUACCUGAAAAUGACAUAAGCGUUAAAAUGGAAGUUGACGACCUUGAAAUUGAUGAAAAACCAAUUGUGACACCUCAAAAGUCUCAAACCACGAAACUAAAGGAGCGGGAAGCUAGAAAGGCUCGCGAAAGGCGGCUCAGAGAGGCUAGAGAGAAGGAAGAGAAGGAAUUACAAGAAAAGGAACGGCGUGAAGCGAGAGAAAAGAAAAAGCGUGAAGCUAGGGAGAAAGAAAAGCGUGAAGCAUUAGAGAAAGAAAGACGUGAAAAACGUGAAAAACGUGAAAAAGAGAAGAGACAACAAGAGCGCGAAAAGGAGAAACAAAAGCAGAAGGAAAAAGAGAGAGUAUUGAGGAAAGAGAAAGAGAAACACAACGAGAAGGAAAAAGAAGCAAGGCGAAAGACAAUGCACGACAAACCAAGCAAACUGGCGUCUCAGAAGCUACCGGUAAGCAGCGAUGACAGCCGAGAUGAAUUAGACUUGAUACCAUCUGUCAAGGCUAAGCCUAGCAUUGAAACCCUGAAAAAGAGGAAGAGCGCACCGAUGCUCAACAAAGCAGCUAAUAAUAUACCUUCUGAGCCACAAGGUACCACACCUACACCAUUCACUGACCUCUUCACUCAGAGGAUACAUGGUAUUGACAAGCGUAAAUCAAGAGGACCAACAAACUUAUUCGAUGAGCCCAACUCGCCUUUCCGCAAACUUGCUGAAGAUCAAGGUCUCACAUUUGAGCUACCUGAGCAUGAAUCUGUCACAUUUGAAAGAAAUUACCUAAAGAGAAAGAAGCGUGACAGAGAAGAAAAAGAGAAGCUUGAAUCCGUCAAACGAAAAAAAGAGGAUGAAGAAGAGCAAAUUCGUCAAGAGAAAAUACGCCAAAGAGCUGAGCGACAGUGGUAUAAAGAAGAAGAAGCACGUCUGAAAAUGUACAACGAUCAGAAGCGACUCUUCGAAGUAGAGCAGAAGAAGAAGGAGGAACAAGAACAAGUCCGUCGUGAAGAACAAAAGAAGGAACGUCUACGCCGUGAAGAACAAGAGCAAGAGCGCCGCCUUCGUGAGGAAAAGGAACGUCUUCUCGAAAUAAGUAUGCAAGAGAAAGAAUUGGAAGAUCACAGAGAAGCUGAAGAGAGGAAUGCAACUGAAAAAGAGCGUCUAGAAGGUAUUGAUUAUGUCAAUCAAGCACAAACUCAAGAUAUGGAAAGUCACCAGUGGUGGUUGAACACCAUGGUCAAGGAGACUAAUGAGGAGAAAUUCCAGACAGACAGAAGUCCACAAAGGGAGAAAUCAACUCAGGUAGGAGAACCAAAGGGUAUUGUUCAAGAUAUAAAUCCUAAAUGUCAAAACAUUCCUCCGCUAUCUAUCAAAGAAAAAUCUCAAGAACUAGAAGAUCAGCCAAAUGAUACGCUUCAUUAUGAAAAUACAGAACAAGAAAUGCUUACCUCGCCUAUGAUCUUUAACCAGCCUGAAUUUUCCUUUGAAUCAAGAGGAACACGUGCUUUUGAACAAAACAUUAGCGUAGAACAACCCACAAAUGAAACUCCACUUCCUCCAGUUAUUCCUAUCAACUCUCACCUAUCACAAUACGAGAAGUCCUUAGAUGUAGAACCAGUUGAACUGCAGAAGCAACAAAAACUAUCAGGAGGAUACGAACAAGAGCAAGCCGAUGAAUUACAGCAAGAUUGGUCACGACAAAUGAAUGAAGAACUUCGGGAACAAAUGGACGAUUAUAGGAAUGGUCCUAUGCAGAUGUUUGAAAUAGAAGGAGGUUUGAGUACCGAUUUGCAGAAUGAUGAAGUCGUCCAAACAGUAGAAAUGAAUAGAUCACCCGUACUUAAACACCGUUUCUUGAGCUCAAAUGUGGAGGAAGAUGAUCAGGUUGCAGAUGGUCAGAUAAUGAGGGAGAAAUCGAACAGUAUAGCACACGUUGAUGAGCAACUCGCUGAUUCAACACCUGUCAACGAUGUUGCAUCCGUAAGUGAUAGUGAGGAUGACGAUACAAAUGAGAGCGCUAAUGAAAAAGCCACGAACGCACACUCUGAAGCUGGAAGUCCACAAGAUCGAUCACUACAAAAUGAAAAAGCGGGUGAGAAUUUACUUGAAAGUGCGAAGUCAAUAAUGAAGAAUUUGGCUUUUGAAACGAUUGGGGGACGCAGUUUAAGACCACGACCUAAAGCUAGAUACUCUAGAGAAAGUAAGCCAACAAUAGUUACAACACUCAAUAGCAACACAUUCCCCAGAAAAGUCAGGGUUAGACCAAUUAGACACUACAUGUCUUUUUCAGACGAGGAGUAA